ACCUCCAUUGGUCACACUAACACAAGUUCCCACCAUUCACCAAAACCUUAGCUGCAUUUCACCGAGCUUGCAAUGGUUCCUAACCUCGGUGUUGAUGUGGAGGAUGAGGGAACAGGCUGUGGAACUAAACCACCUAUUUGAACAUUUUCCACCUCUUCACUCUUCUAAUAAGCCUGAAAAUUUCUAAUUUAAGAAGAAGUAGAAGAGAGAGCAAGAUAGCUUUUUGAAAAAGCAAAUUUUGGGAAGUAGCUUAUUUUCAAUUUGUUUUGUUCUUCUGGGUGGAGUUGGAGUUCCUUCAUUUGGUUUAUUUGGAUCCAACCAUCUCAAAGGCUAAAAAAAUGAUCUGGUAAUAAAGGUACUUUUUUCUGUGAAUAGCUUAAAGCACUCCAGAUCACAACUCUGAAAUUUUAUUGGCUUUAGAUAUUAGCCAAUCUCCCUUGGUACUAGAUAGACCUGAUAGAGUGUUAGGCUUUGAUGUGGGGGGAAAUCUCCUUUGGCGAUAUAAUUUUCAAUCUCGUUAGAGUAAAUUUUAUUUUCUUUCUGCCCCUUAUUUAUUUUUGAAGCUUCCUCAGUAUUGUGCAAAUCUCCUUUGGCAAAAGUUACUUAACUUCCUUUGGUUGGAUUCCAGGUAGUAAAAAUAUAUGAAAAAUCAUUUUAUCCUUGAGUCAAAAAUCAACCAUUCAGAAAAAACUCCAGGAACUCCACCUUUCUGGAGGGCAAAUCUCCUUUGGCACCUUUUAGUUAUCUUGGUCUGCUUCCUCUUAUAGCUAGAAAUUUUACUUUGAGUGACCCCCACAGAGAAAAAUAAGAGAAAAAAAAUUAUUUGAUAGCUGUAGGCUUGUAGCAAGUUGGUAUUUUGUUUGAAGUUUGUCUCAGAAGCUUCUUUCUGUGAAAUUCCAAUUCAAGUUGGGCAUAUCUCCUUUGGCAUUUUGGAGUCCUUGAUUGACUCCUGGUAUCCUAUUGGGAAAAUCUCCUUUGGCAUCAGAUCUCCAGUUCCAGUGAUCAAGAUAAGUUUUUGGAGAUACUGAGUAACUCUAUGUGACAAGAAAAAGCACCAAUCAGAAGUAUUUUGUAUGAUACAUAGUUAUCCAUUGAAGUCAAUAUCGGCAUACCUACUUUGAUCAAAAUACAUACACACUGAAAUUUGAUUAUCCAGUUUCCUUGAGAAGGCAUCCAGUGAUGGAUAUUAUUAGUAAUGAUUCGGACUGGGAGACAUCCAGUGACAGCAGCAGCAGCAGUGAGGAUCAAGAAGAAAUUAAUUUUCAAUAUGGUGGGCAAGCUCAGAGCAUACUAUCAUGUUUAGAGGACAGCAUUGAGAAGAUUGAUGACUUUCUCUCAUUUGAGAGGCCAUUUGUUCAAGGGGAUGUUGUCUGCUCCUUGUCAGACCCCUCUGGACAGAUGGGAAGGGUCACAAGUGUUGAUGUGUUUGCCGAUUUGGAAAAUGUUCGAGGAGAAGUACUGAAAAAUGUAAACUCCGAGAAACUCAUGAAGAUUCGGUCUACUUCAGAAGGUGAUUAUGUAAUUAAGGGGCCAUGGCUUGGUCAGGUUCAAAGGGUGGUGGACAAAGUGACUGUAUUGUUUGAUGAUGGAGUUAAGUGUGAUAUCGUUGCCUCGGAUAGAGAGAAGGUUUUACCACUGACUGGUAAUUUUCUUGAAGACUCACAGUAUCCAUACUAUCCAGGGCAGAGAGUAAAGGUUAAGUCCUCCUAUGCUUCUAAGUCAGCUCGAUGGCUAUGUGGCACUUGGAGAGACAAUCAAGAUGAAGGCACUGUUUGUGCUGUGGAUGCAGGUUUGGUGUAUGUUAACUGGCUUGCCUCUGUUAUUGUUGAUUGCAAUUUGAAUGUGAAUGCUCCACCAUGCUGGCAAGGUUCCGAAAACUUGACUGUGUUGUCAAGUUUUUCACAUGCAAACUGGAAUCUUGGGGACUGGUGCAUGCUCUCAGCUGAAGGCCAAGAGGAACACAAUGUAGAACAUGCAUCCACAGGUGGUCUUACAAUGGAGCAUUGUAUGGAAAGAGGGUAUAAGAGAAGAAACCCUAGUUCUCAUAUUGGGGAAUUGUUCACUAUUGGAAAGAUAAAGACCAAAGUUGAUAUUGUGUGGCAAAAUGGUGAACAAACUUCAGGAUUAGAUCCCCAGAAUUUACUCCCAGUGAAUGUUAUAAACACUCAUGAAUUUUGGCCACAUCAGUUUGUGCUGGAAAAAGGUGCUUCUUAUGAUCCUCUUAGGCCUAGCAGCCAAAGAUGGGGUGUUGUCCAAGGUGUGGAUGCAAAGGAACACACUGUAAAGGUACAAUGGAAAACUGGUUCCUUAUCCGACCCGGAUAAUUUGUCUGGAAACAAUAUGGAGGAGACUGUGAGCGCCUACGAACUUGUAGAGCAUCCAGACUACUCCUGUUUUUAUGGUGAUAUUAUGUUCAAGGCGGCUCAAAAACAGUUUGGUUACCAAGCUGCUAAAGAAAAAGAAAAGUCAUCGAAUGACUUGAAUGCGGAUACUUCUCUUAAAAACGAGAACCAAAUGGGUUAUCAGGAUGGGUUCUCUGAUGACGGCUUCCUGCACUGCAUUGGCAGUGUUAUUGGUUUCAAAGAUGGUGAUGUGGAGGUGAAAUGGGCUACUGGUUUCACAACCAAGGUUGAGCCUUAUGAAGUUGUUCGGAUUGAUAAACAUGAAGGUUCAACUCUAAACUCCUCUACUUAUGAAAGGAAUGUUGAGGAGUUAACGCCUGAGAUCAUUGAACAUGGAAGUCUACCUUCUGACCAGAAGGGAAAGGACUCGUUAAAUGGUGAUGGUAGUGGAGAGAAUUGUGAAAAGUAUCCUGGGGAGUGUAGUUCCUUUUUCCUUCCAGGAGCUGCCUUUGAAUUUUUCUCCAGUCUAAAAGCCAGUAUAUUCCAAACAUCUAGUGGAACUUUACUUUCAGGAUCAGGAGCAGUUUACUCUGUACCUACAUUUGAAAAAGAGAAUGGUUCUGAUUUUCAUGAUAACAAAGAUUUGGAAAUUUGUGACCUGUACACUGAGCCACAUCCAGUGACUGAGUUGCAAUCUGAUGAAGACAGAGCUUUAUAUCCAGAAGUAAUUAGGAUUCAUGAGAAGAAUGAAUUUCCAUUUUCUUUAGACAGCAACUGUUCAAACCAGUUUAAGCAGUUUGAUAUUGUAGAAAACUGCUCUGAACAUCAUUUUAUGGAUGAGGGAAAGGGGUUUUCAAUAUCACAGGUAAAAAGAAGUUGGGUAAAAAAGGUUCAGCAAGAGUGGAACAUCCUGGAGAAAAAUCUUCCUGAUAAUAUUUAUGUUCGUGUGUUUGAAGAAAGAAUGGACCUCAUGCGAGCCGCAAUCGUUGGUGCAUCUGGAACCCCAUAUCAUGAUGGUCUAUUUUUCUUCGAUAUAUGUUUCCCUCCAGAGUAUCCAAAUGAGCCACCUAUGGUGCAUUACAAUUCUGGUGGGCUCCGCUUAAAUCCGAAUCUGUACGAGUCAGGGAGAAUCUGCCUGAGUCUCCUAAACACUUGGACAGGCACAGGCACUGAAGUGUGGAGCCCUGGUUCCUCCACUAUUCUUCAAGUCUUACUCUCUCUGCAGGCUCUUGUCCUUAAUGAGAAGCCUUAUUUCAAUGAGGCUGGAUACGACCAACAAAUAGGCAGAGCCGAGGGAGAGAAGAACUCUGUGAGCUACAAUGAGAAUGCUUUCCUUCUCACAACCAAAUCAAUGUUGUAUAUAUUAAGAAAGCCACCAAAGCACUUUGAGGCACUGGUGGAAGAGCACUUCAGAGAACGCUCCCAACGUAUACUUCAUGCUUGUCAGGCAUAUCUUGAAGGAGCUUCCCUUGGAUGUGGAAAAUCUGAAUAUGAAAACCAGAAAGGGACUUCUACAGGAUUCAAAAUUAUGCUUGCUAAGCUCUUCCCCAACCUUGUAGAGGCUUUUUCUAGUAAGGGAAUUGAUUGCAGUCAGUUUGUUUGAGCUGCAAAGUUAACUUUCUUACUAAGUUUAAGUGACCCUGGAAUUUCCCGACCAACAUAUUCCAAACUUGCCUGUAAUAUCAAAAUGUUGACACUUAUCUUUUGUGAUAGAAACUAUAAGCUUGUUAGAAACCAAUUUCUGGGAUUUGUACUUUCAUGAUUUGGUUACUAUAUGUGGAAAUUUAUCAAAAUAACUGACCUUGUGUCUGUUGUAUGUAUGUUACACAUCAUGGCUUAUAAUGUAAAAUAUGGAAACAAUGAUUGAAAUGA